AUGCAUAGAGGAAAAGUGGCACACGCUCUCCUACCACAGAUCGCAAAGGAGCACGAGGCAGACAUGAUUAUUAUUAGUGAACAGUACACAAAAAUGAGAAAUGGGCUAUGGCUUGAAGAUGAUUCAGAAACCGCCGCAAUAUGGAUCCCCUGUCCCGGACAGGCACAUAUAGAAAACAGCGGAAAGAGAAAUGGUUUUGUCUGGCUACAGAUUGGAAACCUCACGUUAGUAAGCUGCUAUCUAACUCCAAGUGAUAGUAUUGCCUCCUUCCAAGGGAAACUCGACAGGAUCGAAGACUUUGUAAGAUUUAAAGGUGGUGAUCUUAUAGUAGCAGGCGAUUUUAACUCCCGCGCAAUCGAAUGGGGAAUGAAGACUACUGAUUCGAGGGGUAGAAGGAUAUUGCAUAUGAUUGCAAGAGCUGGACUGGCGACUGCUAACAUUGGUACUGCUGCAACUUUCAGGCGUCCUGGAUGUGAAGGCACUAUUCCAGAUGUAACCUUUGUCUCCGAGAGAAUGGCCCACAAAGUUAAAGAAUGGAGAGUACUAGAAAUAUACACAGCCAGCGAUCAUCAGUAUAUAUCGUUCUGCCUAAGAGCUAACGAAGACACUCCAGCAAGGAAGCCUGGAGGGACCACCCAAAGAUGGCACGUCAACAAGCUUGACACGGCGAUACUCCUUCACGAGAUCGACAUACACGCUGGAGAACACACAAAUGAAAUGGACGCAAGAUCUGCAGUGAAACACACCAUGUCUGCAAUUGCGAGAUGUUGCAAUAAGGCAAUGCCCAAAAGAAAUAAGGCCCCUAAAUGGAAACCAGUAUACUGGUGGAACGCCUCGAUCGAAGAAUCUAGACGAAACUGCAUCAAAUCGAGAAGAAGGUACACCAGAGCCAGACGCAGAGGUGACGCAGAAUUGGAACAAAAUGCAUAUAAAGAUGCCAAAAAACAGCUGCAUAACUGCAUACACAAAAGUAAGAAAGAUAAAUGGGAGGAGCUGAGAACCGAUAUUAACAAGAAUCCAUGGGGUCUCGGAUAUAAAAUCGUGAUGAAGAAACUGGGAAUGAGGAAUGCAGUGGAAAAUAUGGAUGAGGUCACAAUGCAAAACAUCGUGAACACUUUAUUCCCAAAGCAUGACAUUAGAAUGGACGGCACGGAAACAGAAUCUAGUAUUGAUAUACCCCUGUUCACCAUGUGUAUGUGUAUGUUGGAUACUGCAGGCAAACUGCUUGAGCGACUCAUCAAACCUAGGCUUGACGAAGCCAUCAAAGCUGCUGGAGGUCUUUCGAGAAGGCAAUAUGGAUUCCGACCUGGAAAAUCCACAAUAUGA